CCUGGGGAAGAAAAACAAAAUGGUGAUGGAUACGCCAACCAUGGAGGCCAAAAUUGUACAAAUGUCAAGCGUUGCUGCACGCCUGGCAGACAUGACCAAAGUGGUCACGCUUUUGAAUGAGAAAAAUAAGGUUGUGUUGCAGCUCGGGGAAAUUUCCACCUUGGCCACAGAGCUUGCUGUCAUUUCAGGAAAUGUUUUGCAAUCGUACAAAAAUACAUAUAGCAUAGCUGGCGGUGCCAAGGCUAACUCUGCAUCCAAUGACACAGAGGAUGAAUCAACAUUCAUGGAUGAUGAUUUCGGCCUGUCCUCAGUCCUGACACUGACGGCGGCUACAAUCAAACAAGAGUUACAAGACACGUUUCCCAACGCUGAGGCUGGCAUGCAGAUACAGGUGGAUUUUAAUGGUGACCCUAUUUCAUGUAUCCAAAAAGACGAACCCUACAGGCCACGGGGGCCUAGGUCAAAAUAUGGAGGCGGUAUGAAAUGUUCCCGUUGCAAUCUUAUGUUCACAGAUACACGCAGCUUGAAGCGCCAUAUGAUGGCCCAUGAUGAUGUCAGACCUUACUCCUGUGAAAAGUGCGGUCAGUCUUUUAGACGGAAUGAGCACCUGAAAAAGCACAUGGUCACUCAUUCUGAUGAACGGCCAUUUACCUGCAAAGAUUGCCCCUAUGCAGCCAAGACUGAGCACAGGCUGAAAAUCCACAUGUUGUGUCACUCUCAGACAAAGUCUUACUCUUGUCAGCACUGCACCUACACCGCACGUACCAAUUAUGAACUCAACCACCACAUGAAGAGACAUGAGCCUCGCACAUGCUCGCAGUGCAACUUUGUUUGCUACUCUCGCCCUGAGCUGAGGAAGCACGUGUUCACCCACUCGUCCUUCGACUGCAGUGAAUGCGAGUUCACCACCAACGACCGGUCCGAGUAUACAAAGCACACCAAAAAGCACUCGCUUGUCCAGCACCUGUGCUGUGAGCUGUGUGGCUACUCAUGUGACACCAUGAAAAAGUUCAAGUACCACAAGCUAAGGCAUGAGAACAAAACCCCUUACCAGUGCCAGGACUGUGAUUACAAGUGCAGCUCACGUGCCAGUUUUGAUUGCCAUCGGCUGAAACAUGCCGGCCUCAAACCUUACCUUUGUUCAUUUUGCGGGGCGGCUUUCAGGAAAACGUCCCACCUGAACCAGCACCUGCUCAUUCACAAAGAUGAAAAAGCUUUCAAGUGCAGCGAAUGCGGCUACGCAUGCCGCACCAAACAUAACCUAAAAGAGCACGAGAUGACCCAUUCCGGAGAGAAGCCAUUUGCCUGCAAGUUUUGCAGCUUCUCCUGUCGUAGAAACAAAAUAUUACAGUUGCACAUGUUGAAACACGAGAGUCAUAGUAUGCUCAUGCCACAAAUGCAAAUGCCGCUUAUGCAUAUGCCACCCCUGCAACUUCCACCCCCAAUGCUACACACACCUAUGAUGUCACCCCCAUGCUUGUAAACAGUUGUAUCAAGAAUUUGAUAAAAUUGAAGGUGAUUUUUUUUUAAAAUUUAAAACAUAAAUGCAAAUAAUGUGUAUUAAAAUGCUCAACAAACAUCUUUAAAGUAUACUAAAUAUAAAUUAUAAAUUUUUUGUAUACAUCGCAUGUUUGUAAUAGAUGAAGAACCUAAAAUUAGAACCGUCUUUUCUUAAUGAAAUUGCAAUCGGGACCAAACUAAGGAUGAAGAGAACAUCUUUCCUCAAUAUGCAUUUGCACCAUCUCAUUGUGCAUGUCAGCCUGAAAUAUUUUAAAAAAAAGAAGAUUUAGUGUCCAUAUUUUUUUACUUUAUUAACUGUAGAUUUUUUUGUCUUGCAACAUAGCCAGAGUAGCCAAAUAAUUAAAUGUCCU